UAAAUAACUUCGAUAAGCUAAGACAAUUUUAUUUAGAUAUCUCAACUCAAUGCAACUUCGGGAGAGUGCAAUAUAGAUAGUCAAAAAUGUGUUCAUAUCUUUUGUGAUGAUUUAUAAUUUAUUAAUAUUUAUGUUAAUUAACAUUUGAUCAAAUUUAAUAUAUUAUAUGAUACAAAAUAGAUCUUGUAAACAAUUGUGAAGAUAAAUAUGUCAACUUAACCUCUUAAAUUUUUAACGUAAUUAAUCAACGGAGUACAAAACAGACGAAAUCAAAUACUUUUUUAAGAAAUAUUUAUAUAUUAUUUCUUGAUGGAUCGGCUCAGGAAAAUAUUUGCCAAAAAGCAGUCUGCUUAUAUUAAUGAUGACUUAGAAACAUUUAAAGAAAAAGGAGAACGAUGGAAAAGUAUAUAUAUAAUUUAUUUUACUAUGUUUCUUAUGUCUCUUGGAUUCAGCAUAGUUUUAACUGGAGUUUGGCCAUAUUUAGAUAAGUUAGAUCGCACAGCAGGGAAAGAAUAUAUGGGUUAUGUAGUAGCAGCUAAUCCUUUAGGUCAAAUGCUAUUUUCUCCAUUAGUUGGUUGGUGGGGCAACAAAAGAGGGUCUGUAAGACUGCCCCUUUUAAUUACAUUACUCCUUUUUAUCUGUGCAUCAGCAAUGUAUAGCAUCCUAGAAAUUCUACCAGGUGAUAGAAAGGCUCUUAUGGCUAGUGCCAGAUUCCUCGUUGGAGUUAGUUCUGCAAAUGUUGCAGUGGCUAGAUCAUAUUUAUCUGCAGCUACGAAACUUUCAGAAAGGACUCAGGCAGUUUCUAUGAUUACUCUUGCACAGGUUUUAGGAUUUGUAGUAGGACCUGGUUUACAAGCUGCUGUUACUCCACUUGGUGAUAAAACUAUAUAUUUUUUAAGUCUACCAUUUAAUAUGUAUACAAUGACUGGUUGGAUAAAUGUUAUAAUGGGAAUUAUUAAUUUCAUUUUAUUUUUACCAUGGAGUUUUAAAGAGCAUACAAUUGCUAUAAGAGAAGCUAUGCGUAAUGGUGGGAAAGCUACUGAAAAAGAAGCAUGGAAGGCAAUAAAAUCUGAUUAUUUAGCAGCUUGGACAUUAAUCUGUGCUUUUUUUGUUUUGGUUUUUAAUUUCGUUCUUCUAGAAACAUUGGGUACUCCUCUUACAAUGGAUCAAUUUGGUUGGUCAAAAACUGAAUCUUUAUAUUAUUUGGGAUUGUUAAUGAGUAUUGGUGGUGUGAUAGCAUGUAUUACGUUUGUAAUGAUUGGACCUAUUUGUAAAAGAUUUGCUGAAAGAAAAGUAAUGGUAUGGGGUGGCUUCCUAUUUAUGUUUAUUGGACGACUAUUUUGUAUACCAUGGGGGCCUGAUCCUCCAAAGAUUGCUGAUCUUGGAUCUUUCAACAAUAUAACUGCAAAUGAGAAUGGUUCAGAAAUAUUAGGAUGUCAAAGUACUCAAGAAUGGUGCAAAUAUACUCCACAAUUAACUGUAAUACAAUUUAUUAUUGGAUAUAGUUUCACUAGUGUAGGAUAUCCCAUAGGAGUUACCUUAAUACAAACUAUAUUUAGUAAAGUUCUUGGGCCACGACCACAAGGUGUCUGGAUGGGAUUAAUGACAGGUGCUGGAUGUGCUUCCAGAGUUUUGGGACCAGUUUUUGUUAGCAUGAUUUAUACGCGCUUUGGAACAUAUCAUACUUUUGGUGUUACAGGAGUAAUGUUAUUAGCUUCCAUGGUAUGGUUACAAAUAGUGAAUAGACGUUUAGUACCACCGACAAUAAUUAAGAGAAAUAAUAUAGGAGAAGAACAAAAACAAGAUACUGCAAUACCUUUAGUUCGAACUAAAUCUCAUAUUGAGGAAAUAAAUGAAACUCAUAAAUCUGAUACUAAAAUAAAUUAUGAUAAAAAGUAAACAUUAUUAUGAUAAAACUGGAAUUUGAUUUGUGAUAUCAUCUAGAUAUCUACAUUUAAAUAAUAUUCACUUCAAUCAUACCUUUUCAUAUAAAGAAUUAGAAAACAAUUGAAAUUAAAAGCUUUAAUAACAUCAACAAAUAUUUUACUUGCACUCUAUUAUGAGCAUAAGUUCAAACAAACAUCAUAGAUUAUACAUACAAAUAUGAUAUUAUGAUAUAAGAAACAAUAUAUUUUGAUGCCUAUUUACAUUUUUUUAUUAUACAAUACAAUUUUUAGAAAAAAGUAUAUAUAAUAAAUGAAAGAAAGACUAUCUGUAUAUAAUCAUAGGAAUAAUUUUGCAAAUUUUAUUAAUCGUACCAACUAAACUAUUAGAAUACAGAAAUAACAUAAUUUUUUCUCUUAACUAUAGAAAUAUUAAACCGAGUAUUAUUUGAAAAAUUAUUAAAUCAUAUACCAUUUAUUUGUAACAAUAACAUUUACAUUUUACAGUUAUUAAAACAUAGUUUUGAGCUAUAUUCACCUGUAUUGAAAAAAUGAAGAAAAUAACAUUCGUGUAAAUUACAAAAUUAUAAUUCAUUUAAUAUUCUGUCAACAGGAUUAUGUUACUAUUAUUAUAAUAAGUAAAAUUGGUGAAUAUAUUAAUAAUUACAAAUAAUUAUCUUGCCAACAAGUGAAAUUCUAAUGUACUUACAUUAAGUCUAAUGUGAUAGUUGAAUAUAUGACUAAAGAUGUGUAUUUUGAUCAUAGUUGAGUAAAAGCAAAAAAAUAUAUAUAUAUAACCAUAUAUAUAAAUUAUAAAAAGUAAUAUUAUUUUAAAUAAUAAUAUAUCACUUGAAAAAACUAUUUGUAAUGGCAAUACAAUUUAUAUAAAAUAAUCUGUUAUAUAUAAAAAAAAAAUUUUUCUUCAUAUUGAAAUAUAUUGUUUAUAUGAAACGUAUUGUUAUUAUGAGAUAAUAUUGUGCGUAUAAAUUUUUAUUGUGGAAAAAAUAAUUUUUACAUGAAUAAUAAUAUUUUUACAAAA